AUUUCACAAAACAAACCCUAAUUGCCAGCAAGACCAGCAACCCCAAAAGACGCAUCUCAGCUUCAAAUCUCAACCCAAAAUGGCUUUGUCUUGCAAUAGUGCUGCUCAAAACCCUCUUUCUCAGCCACCAAAUUCCAUGAAGAUCAAGCUGGCUUCAGACAUCAGCCAGAACACGCCACAUACAGUUCAAUUCCCUGCCCAGAAAAGAUGCUUGAGAUGCAACACUAGCUACCAAGACAAGGAUAACUCCCCAAUUGCUUGUUCUUUCCAUGGCCACACAACUGGAGAGAAGGGCUUGUUCGCACUGGCGCCUCCUCAUCAGGGGAUUGAUGGAGAGUGGAGUGAUCAAUCAGGAGUAAUCGUCUACAAAUGGAAUGAUAAGAGCAAUAGACCGAACACGGGAAGAUCAAACUGGAAAAAGAGAUGGAGCUGUUGUCAAGAGUACAAUGAAAACGCUCCACCUUGCCGGCGAGGAUGGCAUGUCUCAUACGACGAUGGCUUCACCAUGCACUAGGCUAAUUAGCCCCAUGGCUGAUCAUUUGUAUUGCCAGGUAUCAUUCAUUCAGCAGCACCCAGAUAAGAGUAAGCUCCCUGUAAUGUCUCUACCAAGAACAGAGUUGUAAAAUUGAUUUCUUGAAUCCAUUGUAGAAUUUUGGUACC